AUGGCGAAUUUGCAAUUGACUGGUAUUCUGGAGAAGAUGACUGGAAAAGAUAAAGACUACAGAUACAUGGCUACAUCUGAUCUGCUGAAUGAGUUGAACAAGGAUGGGUUCAAGACCGAUGCUGACAUGGAGAUAAAGUUGACAAACAUCAUCCUACAGCAACUUGACGAUGUUGCGGGCGAUGUUUCUGGACUGGCUGUAAAAUGUCUUGCCCCAUUGGUGAAGAAGGUUACUGAUGCACGAGUAGCUGAGAUGACUACUAAACUAUGCACUAAGUUGCUGAAUCCUAAAGAUCAGCAUCGUGACAUUGCAAGCAUAGCUUUGAAGACUAUCAUAGCUGAAGUUACUGUUCCGUCUCUUGCUCAGUUGAUUCUCAACUCUUUGACUCCACAAUUGAUAAGCGGAAUAACUAGUCAGGGGGUGACCACAGAGAUAAAAUGUGAAGGUCUGGAUAUUUUAUGUGAAGUCCUCCACAAAUUUGGAAGUUUAAUGGCUGCAGGCCAUGAAACUCUCCUGGCUGCUCUUCUAUCCCAAUUGAACUCCGUUCAAGCUAGUGUUAGAAAGAAGACAGUUUCUUGUGUUGCUGCUCUUGCCUCAAGCUUGUCAGAUGACUUGUUGGCCAAGGCAACUGUUGAAGUUGUUCAGAAAUUGAGAAGCAAAGGUGUGAAGCCUGAAAUUACUAGAACAAAUAUUCAAAUGAUUGGUUCUCUAAGCCGUGCUGUUGGAUACCGCUUUGGACCCCAUCUUGGAGAUACAGUUCCAGUGCUGAUCAAUUACUGCACUAAUGCAUCUGAGAAUGACGAGGAACUUCGUGAAUAUAGCUUACAGGCACUAGAAAGUUUUCUGCUCAGAUGCCCCAGGGACAUUUCUUCGUACUGUGAUGCCAUUCUACGGCUUGCUUUGGAAUACCUAAGCUACGAUCCCAACUUUACUGAUAACAUGGAAGAGGACACCGAUGAUGACACUCAUGAGGAGGAAGAAGAUGAUGAAAGUGCAAAUGAAUAUACUGAUGAUGAGGAUGUUAGCUGGAAAGUUCGAAGAGCUGCUGCUAAAUGCUUAGCUGCACUGAUUGUUUCUCGUCCUGAGCUACUGUCAAAGCUGUAUUUGGAGGCAUGUCCGAAAAUAAUUGAUAGAUUUAAAGAGAGGGAAGAGAAUGUGAAGAUGGACGUGUUCAAUACAUUUAUUGAGCUACUACGUCAGACUGGGAAUGUUACAAAAGGACAAACAGACAUGGAUGAAUCAAGUGCAAGAUGGUUAUUGAAGCAAGAGGUUCCAAAGAUUGUAAAGUCUAUUAAUAGACAGUUGCGUGAGAAAUCUAUCAAGACAAAGGUUGGUGCUUUUUCUGUUCUGAAAGAACUGGUAGUUGUUUUGCCAGACUGUCUAGCAGAGCACAUAGGAUCACUGAUUCCUGGAAUUGAAAAGGCACUAAAUGACAAAUCUUCAACCUCAAACUUGAAGAUUGAAGCUCUUGUUUUUACAAGAUUAGUAUUGGCUUCACACUCACCACCUGUCUUCCAUCCAUAUGUCAAGGCUCUUUCUAGUCCUGUCCUAUCUGCCGUUGGUGAACGGUAUUACAAGGUUACAGCUGAGGCUUUAAGAGUAUGCGGGGAACUUGUUCGUGUCUUGAGACCAAAUAUUCAGGACUAUGGUUUUGAUUUCCAACCUUAUGUUCACCCAAUAUAUAAAGCCAUCAUGUCACGUUUGACGAACCAAGAUCAAGACCAGGAGGUUAAAGAGUGUGCUAUUUCUUGCAUGGGACUUGUCAUCUCAACAUUUGGUGACAGCCUCAGAGCAGAGUUGCCUGCUUGUCUACCUGUCCUUGUUGACCGAAUGGGGAAUGAAAUUACUAGGCUUACUGCUGUAAAGGCUUUUGCAGUCAUUGCGACUUCUCCUCUACGAAUUGAUCUAGCUUGUGUCUUGGAGCAUGUGAUUGGAGAGUUGACAGCAUUUUUGAGGAAGGCCAACCGAGCGCUCCGGCAGGCGACUUUAGGAACACUAAAUUCACUGGUUUCUGCUUAUGGAGAUCUAAUUGGUUCAUCUGCUUAUGAAGUCAUUAUUGUGGAGCUGUCAACGCUGAUAAGUGAUUCAGACUUGCACAUGACAGCGCUUGCACUUGAAUUAUGCUGCACCCUAAUGGCCGAUAGCAGAUCAAGCCAAAGUAUAGGUUUGGCCGUGAGAAAUAAAGUUCUUCCCCAGGCAUUGACUUUAAUCAAAAGUUCGUUGCUACAGGGUCAAGCUCUCUUGGCCGUGCAGAACUUUUUUGCUGCUUUGGUGUCUUCCGCUAAUACAAGCUUCGACACUUUAUUGGACUCACUUCUUUCUAGUGCUAAACCAACUCCUCAGUCUGGUGGCAUUGCGAAACAGGCAUUGUAUUCUAUAGCCCAGUGUGUGGCAGUGCUUUGCCUUGCUGCAGGAGAUCAGAAAUGUUCAUCAACAGUUAGGAUGCUUACAGAGAUCCUCAAAGAUGACAGUAGUUCUAAUUCUGCUAAGAAGCAUGUUGCCUUGCUGUGCUUGGGGGAAAUAGGGAGAAGGAAAGAUUUAAGUGCACAUGCUCAUAUUGAAACCAUCAUCAUUGAUUCCUUCCAGUCUCCCUUUGAGGAGAUUAAGUCUGCUGCUUCCUAUGCUCUGGGAAAUAUUGCUGUCGGUAAUUUGUCGAAGUAUCUACCGUUUAUAUUGGACCAGAUUGAUAAUCAGCAGAAGAAACAGUAUCUAUUGCUUCAUUCUCUCAAAGAGGUUAUUGUGAGGCAAUCAGUUGAUAAGGCAGAGUUCCAGGAUUCUAGUGUUGAAAAGAUACUGAAGCUGCUGUUUAAUCACUGUGAGAGUGAUGAAGAGGGUGUCCGAAAUGUUGUGGCUGAAUGCUUGGGCAAAAUUGCUCUUAUCGAACCUGCAAAACUUAUCCCUGCUCUCAAGGUGAGAACAACUAGUCCGGCAGCUUUUACAAGAGCAACAGUUGUGAUUGCUGUGAAAUAUUCUAUAGUUGAGAGGGCGGAGAAAAUAGAUGAAAUUAUAUUCCCUGAGAUAUCCUCUUUCCUCAUGCUCAUCAAGGAUAAUGACCGGCAUGUCAGGCGUGCGGCUGUGUUGGCCUUGAGUACGUUUGCUCACAAUAAACCCAACCUGAUCAAGGGAAUUCUUCCUGAAUUAUUGCCACUUCUCUAUGAUCAGACAGUAGUUAAGAAAGAAUUAAUACGAACGGUCGAUCUUGGGCCUUUCAAGCACAUUGUGGAUGAUGGAUUGGAGUUGAGGAAAGCUGCUUUUGAAUGUGUAGAUACAUUGUUGGACAGCUGUCUGGACCAAGUAAAUCCGUCGUCCUUCAUAGUCCCCUAUCUGAAAUCUGGCCUCGAAGAUCAUUAUGAUGUGAAGAUGCCUUGCCACCUCAUCCUAUCCAAACUGGCGGAUAAAUGUCCAUCUGCUGUGCUUGCAGUCCUGGACUCAUUGGUAGAUCCUCUUCAAAAAACUAUCAAUUUCAAGCCAAAGCAAGAUGCUGUGAAGCAAGAAGUUGACCGUAACGAAGAUAUGAUCCGCAGCGCUCUUCGAGCAAUUGCUGCUCUGAAUCGGAUAAGUGGCGGUGAUUGCAGCCUUAGAUUCAAGAAUCUGAUGAGUGAAAUCGGAAAAUCACCAACACUCUCGGACAAGUACUACUCAAUCAGGAACGAGUAG